AUGGCGCCCUCCUGCACAGAUAGAAAUGGUGCUGCAUCCUCCUCAUCGGCGGCAGCAGCAGCCGCAUCCGCAACACCACCGCCGCUCUCGGCUGUCCCGUCAUCGUCGGCAAGCCUUCUCGCAAACUACUCACCGCUUCCUCCACCACUGGCAGCUUCCAAACACGCGGCGCCUUCUUCUUCCCGCAUCGGCUCGUCCAUCGGUGGCGCGUCGGCAAGGAUAGCCACCACGCCACCCCCGCCAUCGGCCUAUUCACGCGGACACCUGCAUGAGGUGGACCGAAAUACCCACAGCAUUGACGGCAUGAUCAGCCAGUCUGGUCCGGGCAGUCACAGCAACGCCCAUCGCAUCACCCGGGCCAGUGUCCGCAGCAGUCUGGGCGAGGCCGGCCGGACAAGCAGCGGCUUUCUUGAUCCAGACGCCGUCGACAGCGCUUUGCGACGCGAGCUCGGCCGCCAGACCCGACACCAGCUCGUCCCCCCGCAAUCGGCACCGAGAGAAGGCGUCCCGGGGGCAAGUCCGCAUAGGAAGCGGCAGAGAAUAAACGGCGACCGCUUCAUCCCGACGCGGUCUGGCCAAGACCUGCAGGCCAGCUUCAGCCUGCUGCACGAGGACGGCUCUCCGGCAACGCCGUCCAAGCAGAAGAAGCGCACACCCCAUGGGGAUCUGCACUUCCAGAGGACCGAAGAAGCCAACCGGACGUUUUCGACGCUCCUACGUGCCGAGCUGUUUGAGGACUCGAUACCACAGGUGACGCCUCCAUCCAUGUCACCGGACCACGCGCUGCCCAGCUCAGCACGCGUGACUAACGUGCUGGACGGGACGCGCUCCCAUACCCCCCCACGCACGACCAACCCCACCUCGUCGUCGGCCGGCCCCUCGUCCAUGACGCCUUCGACCCCACACAAGAACCUCUUUUCCUACAUGUCCCCCCGGCAGUACAGCCACGUUGCCGGCCACCCGACCCCAUCACGGACACCGCAGAGCCGUCAUGGCCCGAACCUAGACACACGCGCAGAGAUUUACAGCCUGUCGCCGGUGCGGUUCGGCAGCCAGCAGAUCCUGCUCAGCCCACGGCGCCAGCCACGGGCGGUCAGCAAGGUUCCCUACAAGGUUCUCGACGCGCCGGAGCUUGCCGACGACUUCUAUCUGAACUUGGUCGACUGGGGCAGUGCCAACGUGCUGGGCGUGGGCCUGGGCUCGAGUGUGUACCUGUGGAACGCGCAGACGAGCCGGGUCAACAAGCUGUGCACACUCAGCGACGACGACACGGUGACGAGCGUAUCGUGGAUCCAGAAGGGCACACACAUUGCCAUUGGCACGGGCAAGGGCCUGGUGCAGAUCUGGGAUGCGGAGAAGGCACGGCGGCUGCGAACGAUGACGGGCCACACGAUGCGGGUGAGCUCGCUGGCGUGGAACACGCACAUCCUUUCGUCGGGCUCGCGGGACCGGCUGAUCUACCAUCGCGACGUACGGGCACCGGACCAGUGGCUGCGCAAGCUGGCCGGCCACAAGCAGGAGGUGUGCGGACUCAAGUGGAACUGCGAGGACGGACAGCUGGCCAGCGGCGGCAACGACAAUAAGCUGAUGGUGUGGGACAAGCUGGACGACACGCCGCUGUGGAAGUUCUCGGACCACACGGCGGCCGUCAAGGCGAUUGCCUGGUCGCCACACCAGCGCGGACUGCUGGCGUCGGGGGGCGGCACGGCUGACCGGCGCAUCAUCUUCCACGACACAAUCAAGGGCACGGUGGUCAAUGAGGUCGACACGGGCAGCCAGGUGUGCAAUCUGGCGUGGUCCAAGAACUCGAACGAGAUCGUGUCGACGCACGGCUACUCGCAGAACCAAAUUGUUGUGUGGAAAUACCCGUCCAUGACGCAGGUGGUCAGCCUGACCGGCCACACGUACCGCGUGCUGUACCUGGCUAUGAGUCCGGACGGCCGGGUGGUGGUGACGGGGGCCGGCGACGAGACGCUGCGGUUCUGGAACGUCUUUGGCCGCAAACCGGGGACGCGCGACGACAGCGACGGAGGUGGCCGCCUGGCCGACUGGGGAGUCAUCCGGUGA